GUUCACAUCACCAGACCAAACACGCCGUGAUGGCAAGUUAUCCCACGCUGUGCUGUGCUGUGCGUGCUGUGCUGUUGUUGCAACGGAUGCUGGGAUGGGCGCUGCGUUUCCCUUUCAGUGGGCCUCAUCUCUGACCGGGAGUCACACUAUCCACGCCCCCUUGUUCUCUUCAGGCACUUCGCAUUAGCCUUAGCCAUUCCAUCCAAUCCCUGGACAACCCACUAAGCUUUUCUACUUCGUACCAAACCCCGCGUUAUCAGCAGCGCAGCGCAAGGGCCAUGAGUAAGAGUUAUUCUAACGCACGCACGCAGCCCGUUUAACCAGUAGGCAGUGCGGGGUUUGCAACAGUAACUGUAAGCCACCCCAAACUGCACUGUAUCCUACAGCAGAGCAGACGCCAAAAAGUCCCAGAGGUCCAAGGGUAAGGUAUUUAGUGGAAGCGGGCCCCUUUACAGCGAGUGAAACAAGGUUCACCAACUCCUACGCCAUCAACUUUUUUUUAUUCAUUAUUAUCCUCCUCGUUGGGACAUUCCCUCCCUCCCCUUCCCUCUUCUCUCUUCCUUGUCUUAAAUGAUAAUACCUUCAAAAUGUCGAGGUCUUCAAUGUCACCCACUGAGGAGAACAACAACACCAGCAGCAACAAUAAUAACCCUCCCACGAGCACCCGCGGCAGACGACGCUCUCACCACGCCUGUCUGACUUGCAGGUUGGCAAACACACACUGCGAUGUCGCGUCUAUCACAGCUGUACUGAUUUGAGAAACCCAGACGAAAGAAGACCCGUUGCCCAGGCGAGAAGCCAGCAUGCUCCAGCUGCGUCCGCCUCAAACAGUCGUGCUCUUAUCCCCCGGCAAUCAGGCCCUCUCAGAGCGGUCCUUCGGUACGUUGUGCAUGGGGUUUUGCACACGCAAAAAAAAAACAUAACUUGACGAUUUUAAUUAGGAGGAGAGAUUGGCCCAUCUGGAGGAGAAGCUUGACUUUUUGCUGAACGGAAGCUUGCCUACGUCACAACAAAAACAGAACCAGCACCACCAGCAAAACCAUCACCAACAGCAACAGCUUGAUUCAGCGCUCGAAGAAACAACAGACACCUCCGAAAAGUCAUACUCUGGCGUGCGAAACACGCGCGAGCAUAGCUACCCUACAAGCCAUCCCUCAGUAAAGUCCGAAUCCGAGAACUCGUCUCUGCGACCGAGCCAUUCCGAUAUCGCUGUUGGUAUUGCGCUGUACUUUGAGUACUGCCACCGACAGCCAAUAUGGUGUUUUGAGCGCGACGAGGUUAGAGACUUUGGGUCUAUGCAUGAUGAGCUUGCUUGCAGCAUUCUUGCCUUGACGUUGCGGUUCUCUGAGAAUGGGGAUCAGGCAAAGUUGUACGCCAACAAUGCGAAGAGUCUCAUCAUGCUCAGGAUCGCAAAUGGGACUGUGGAUCUUGCGACGCUUGAGAGUCUCUGUCUUCUCUCCUACUCCUCUUUUAUUGACGGAAAUGUCCACCUUGGCCAAUUCCACCUCGGUCUUGCGCAUCAACUAUGUCGCUCUGCGAUGCUGGACGUCGAGUCUGUUUACGGCAUGGAAGAUCCCAUGUCGGACCGCAAGAAGAGGCUAUUCUGGAGUCUACAGAUGCUUGAGCAAUCUUACGGUCGACAAGAAGGUCUUUUGAGCGUACCAACAGAGAUCUGGCGCCCGGCCUAUUCCACUACUCGAGGCCCAAUGCCAGAUCACGACCCAAGAGCGCCGACUCUCCCCAGAGAUGAUCUCGGUUGUCAACACCAGAACGAGCCUGGUAUCUGGAAUACCAGCGUUCAUCUUGGCUGGGUCUGGAGUCAAGUACGAAAGUACGUUUCCGAUUGCGCACACAACAACAUCAAGGAGCCUUGGCGACAUGACUCGAUGUACGCCAAAGUUCUCGCCGACUUUAUGGAGACCGAGAACAGGAUACCCAUGUGCCAUCGCUAUGACACAGUCAAGUUUUACGAGCGCAAGGUCGAAGACUUGAAGAUGCAUCGUGAUUACUGGGCGCCGUGGUUGAAGGAGCAAUUUACAUACCACGUCAUUCCGACGGUAUUGAACCAUCCUUUCUUGUACAUCGUGGGAGCGCAGCACAACCCCAACCUCGCCAUCCCGAACACUUUUUGGAGGCGAUCGUCAGAAUUGGCACUUCUGCAUUCCACCUGGAUCGUUCGCAUGAUCGACAUGGUCGUCGAUAAGCAAGUACCGCUUGCAGAUCCUUUCUUCGGCCAUGUCGCUGCCAUUGCGGCGACGGUGCACCUGUACUACUGCUGCGCUGCUGCGGCGCGAUUGAAGCACAAGUCCAACACGGAUUUUGCCAAGUGCAGGCGGUUUUUGAAGAACUUUCUGCCCACUUCAGCAGCUUGCAGAGCAUUGGACCGCAAUCUUGACAAGAUGACGCGCAUCGCUGCAGGUACAUCUGAUAGCAUGGAUGUUGAAGACUGGAUGCCCUCAAAGAUCUACCUCAGCGUCCCUCUCAUGUGGAAGAUUCUCCAGUUCAACACCUUUGCAGACUCUCACGAGCUCCCGACAGCUGGUCUUCUCAACCAAUCCCUUGUCCCAAACCCCACAAACGAGGAUGCAAAUGAGAACAUCACGCUGGAGAUCAUCGUCGCCAGCGCACCCGAGAUCACAAUCAACACUGCAGACGGCGGCCAAGAAGCGCCAACGCUAUCUUACAAAGCCCCGCUCUCGUCGCAGGGUCCAGACUCUGCGCGCGACACUGUCUACGAUGAGGUACCGGUGGACGAUAACUUGACGCUAUGCACUACGCCAUGGCUCUACGCGGACUCGUCGCAGUUCGUCAACAUUGCCGACAUGGGCUGCGAUGACCCCCAACCUGCCCUGAGCGAGAGCCGAGGGCCUGCAUGGUGGGAAGGUGAAAAUUUUAGUAAUAUCAUGUUUAAUCACUUUUAGGAGUAUGGUAAAUGGAUCUUGGGUAUGGACAAAAAGGCUAGGGUAGUGGAGAUCUGCAGCAGAGAUAGAAUAUUCUCUUGCUUAAUUGAGACGUCUAGAAGACUGGGCGUAUUACCUUCUCCCGUCAUUCCAUGCAUAACGAGACUUGUCAUUCCCUGUUUUAGAUCAACGGUGCAUUGUCUCCCGAAUCAUUUCUCUCCAAAUCUCCGGAUACAGAGCAAACAAAAACAGGGCGAUGUUGCAGGUCUUCUCUCCACAAUGACAGAAGCCGCGCAUCAUCC